UAUUUCUUUCUGACAUAUAAUUUUUUUUUGAAAAAUCUAAAGUUCGUAAAUUUACUGAAUUCUUCAAAUCUGUUAUUUGGUGAAGAAGAUUCAUAGAGCUUUUUUGCUUAUUUUAAUCUCAUUCUUACAUAUAUAUUUUCGACAAAGGGCCUCUCUGUUCCUUCUCUAGUUCUCUUGUCUGAAUUAUCCUAUUUUCUCAAAAUCAAUAAAAAUUUCAUGUUUAUUUUUCAAUAAAAUCCGUAACUUUUUUUUUUUGUGACAUCAUCAUAAAAUCCUUAAGUUUGAUAUUGAAUUUUUUUAAUUGAGAGCGGUGCUUACAUAUUAAUUUAAUCUUCUUCUGACACAAGAAAACCCUAGAAAUAUCCAUAUACUUUUUUGUUAACAUAGGCAAAUUAUUUUGUUUUUGGUGCGUCUAUAAGAUACGUGAACGCUGUUGAUUACCAAGGUGGAUUCGAACAAGACGACUUAAACCAACUCUUCGAAGCGAUGCGAAGCAAUUACAAAGCUUGGUGCUCAGGUUUCGCUCCACUAGCCGUCGGUGGUGACUUAGACUCAAUCGCCGUUCAAGAAUUCAGCAGGACACUCUUCAACAUGCGUCCCGACAUUGCUCUCUCCCUCGGUCAGACCAUUUUCCAAAGCGACAUGAGACACAUCUUACCUUUUGUCUCUGUCCCUUGUCACAUCCUCCAAAGUGUUAGGGACUUAGCCGUACCAGUUAGUGUUUCAGAGUAUCUUCACACCAAUCUUGGAAGUGAAUCCGUCGUUGAGGUUAUUCCUUCUGAUGGUCAUCUUCCUCAGCUUAGCUCGCCGGAUUCUGUUGUUCCCGUCGUCCUCCGUCACAUUCGUAAUGACAUUGAUUUCUGAUUGUGGGAGAUUUAUUUAAUUAAUUAAUUAAUUAACGAUGUCAAAAAUUUGGAAAUAAACUUUUGAUGUGAUAUGUCUACCUAUUGAGAACAUUGUUUCGUUGUGGUUUGGUUCUGAUUCGUUUGUCUUUGAGUAGUUGAUCGUUGUUGUUCUUAUCUUUUUGUUAAAGGAAAAGUCUCUGUCUUUUGUCCAGCUUUGCUAGACCCAUCAUUGCUCGAUCUAUAUAAUUGAUGGUCCAUAUGAGCAUA